AAUUGAUUUUCAAUUGUUACAGAAACUUUACAUCAUAUACGUGAUACUAUGUGAUACAUCAGGUCAGAAUAAUUAUCACAAUAUUUUCGAAAUCCUACCGAGUCUGCGUAGUUAUUAUACGAACGUCAAGCCAUACGAUGUAUUUAGUUACGAAGUGGAUCAAAUUAUAUUGACGACAGUCGUACAGUUCAAAUGUGUUAUCGAUAUGAAUUUGUCAGGCUCGAUAGUUUCAAAGAUUGGCCUGUGCCUCACAUUCAGCCCGAAAAACUUGCAGCGGCUGGGUUUUACUUUCUCAGGAAAAAUGAUACAGUGAAGUGUUUCGAAUGUGAACUGGAAGUGAACCAAUGGCGGGCAGGCGGCGAUCCGGUGAUGAAACACAUAAUAUUAUAUCCGACAUGCAAACUCGUAAACAACGUUCCUUGUGGAAAUAUACCGAUAAGGCAAAAUUACCCCUUUUCGUCAUCAUCAGCGGACCAGAAUCACAGAACCUUCAAGAACAAUAUGGUAUAUCCCGAGUACUCUUCUUACGAUACUCGCCUUGAUAGUUUCAAGAGCUGUAGUAACGAGCAUCGGCAGUUUCUAGAGCAAUUAGCAGAUGCGGGAUUUUUUUACACUGGAAAUGCCAAUGAAACCCGCUGCUUCUAUUGCAGCUUACAAGUGCGCGACUGGUAUGCUAACAAUGAUCCCUGGAAGAUGCAUGCCUCUCAGAUGUCCACCUGCCCAUAUUUACUCUUGAUAAAGGACCUGUGCUACACAGAACGAGAUGAGAAGUUGUGGCAGCGUUCACUUGCCGACUCAACUAUGAGUCAGGCAUUGCUGAGCAAGAAACCGUUGGCGGCCACAGAAACGCAAAAUCAACCUGGACCAUAUAGAACGGAUCAGAAUCAGAGUCCACAGAAGUCUAUUUUGCGGCAGCGUUCACUUGCCGCCUCAGCUGAAAGUCAGGCAUUGCCGAGCAAGAAACCGUUGGCAGAAACGCAAAAUCAACCUAUACCAUCUAGAACGGAUCAGAAUCAGAGUCCACAGGGAGACAUUACGCGGCAGCGUUCACUUGCCGCCUCAACUCGGAGUCAAGAAUUGCCGAUCAGGAGACCGUGGGAGGAAACGCGAAACGAACAUAUACCUGUACUGUCUAGAACGCAUCGGAAUCAAAGUUCACAGAGAGAUAUCGAAAAUAUGUCGAAUAACGUCGCAGAUUUAUCGAGCAGAGAUGAGAACUCGAAGAAAGGCGCAGCUUAUGCAUCUGUCACCAGAUCUUUCCGAUCGGAUGAGCAAAGCUUGCAGUGUAGAUUUUGUAUCACUGGUGUGCGAGAUUACGUAUUUAUGAACUGUAGGCACAUAGUAGCUUGUGAGAAAUGUGCAUAUGAGGUGACAAUAUGUCAGAUAUGCGGUCAGAAAAUAAGCAGCAGAUUGAAAGUACGUUACUCAUAACACACGAAAUUCACUAAUUCGUAUAAGAAUAAAUUCGUAUAAGAUAUCGCGUUUACAAAUAGCUUGAUUCAGCUUCGAACGUUACUUGUCUUCCCUGCAAAAGCCGAAUUAUAAAAAUUGGUAUUCACGCUUGUCAUUUUGACUUGGAGAUUGUUAAUCUUGUAAUUUUUGUAAAUCAAUCACAUUUGUCCUGCAAAAGCCGAAUUAUAAAAAUUGGUAUUCACGCUUGUUAUUUUGACUUGAAGAUUGUUAAUCUCGUAAUUUUUGUAAAUCAAUCACAUUUUAAUAAAUAUGUUUUUGCCGAGGGGUUGGUCACUAGCGGUUAUAGUGUACAAAAAUUACCCUUGAUACGGAUUAUCUUUAAAUUACCUCAGAUUCCUUAAGAUUACCUAAUACUACAACAGUUCGAUCAAAUAACUUGGCAAAAGUUUCAAUUUACUGUCAAAAUUCAUCAAUGCCGUAUUUUCCGUAUUGAUUUCAGCCGGUAGUUCCCUCGAUGAUUGUUCAGAAUUUUCCAUUUUGAUCGAUUUCGAUAAUAAAACCAGAAAAAAA